AUGUGGCAAGAGUCGUCGCACAUCAUGAAGAACCGAUUCCUUCGUCUUUCCCGGGGUGUCUUCUCCGUUGUCUGUGCUGCCGAGAUCCUGAGCCGAGCUGCCGCCACGCAGGGACCAUCUGGCCCAACCUCGGGGCAAGACGAGGUUGGCGGGGCCGCCCGAAAUUGGGUCGAAGGUAAUUCGUGGGACGUCGCACAGCCAGAAUUUGAAUUAGGAAAUGAUGCCGAAACUAUCUUGGGGGGCUCCGUAAGUUCACUGGGUUCUCAGCCCCAAGGAGCUGGCCCUGGAUCCCCUCACCAAGACGUAGAGGAGGAAGACGCGUGGUCGGAGACUUCAGCCGCCGAGGCUUCGCUGGCGAAUGUGCAGGCUGGAAGGAGACUGGCCGCGAAAGGCAGUCCUCCUUCUUCUCCUUUUAAGGAAGACAAACCAUGCGAGAGAGGCCCGCCGUCGCCAUGUGCGACCUGGGCGGUCACCUCUGUCUUGGGGCCACACACGGGCGGUGAACCAGCGCAGCGCCCCUCUGCUCCACCCUCUCCACGUACGGUCACGUUAGAUGCUCUCUAUGCCCAGCCAAGGCCCAACCGAGGUGGACACGCCAACGAAGGCGGGAAGCCUACGCAUCGGAGUCCGCAGCCGGAUCCCGCGGCUGGCACUGGGGACUGGCUGACACUGGAACGUCCCCAACGUCCGCUCUACUCGAGCGUGAGGAAGAACCACACGAGCCGCACCAGCGAGUCGCCGACCGGCGCGUCCCUCGGCGGACUUUUUCUGACUUCAGCGGGGCCUAGUGGGUAUGCGAAAGUUCCACUCCCCCGGCCCCUGUCAGAGCCGCAAUAUGCGAGCCCUAGAGCUUCAGAUCAUGCAAGUGCGCUGCUUGAUCGAGACCUGUAUUCCUCGUUGCCAGGGAGUCAGCCAGAGCUCGAACCCGGCUACGCCACCCCCACCGUACGCGAUGCAUUCGCCGCCCCAGCGUCACUGGGAGAAUUCGAAUCUCCGCCUUCGUUCGUCCCUCCCCCGCCGCCUUCCAAGAGAGGCAGUGAAAGGAGGGUAAUUCAUGUGGCAGAGGCGACUCCAUACGCCGUCGUGACUAUCGAACAAAUAGAGGCGGCGAUGCGUGAGGCAGAAACCGCCAUGUGGCUCCCGGUUUUGACGGACAGUUUGCGCACGACUUCCCCAGUUCGGGGGCCAGGUGACCCCGCCAGCGGAGCGGCACCAAGCCUGCCUGUGACGGUGGGGCGGAAGGGAGGAGCUGCUGGACAGGACGGAGCCGCCGACGCGGCGGCUGCUGAGUCGGGCAAAGGCAGCGUCGCUGGAACGAGUAGAAGCAGUGAGGGGCUCAUGCACUCCCGCUCACUGCCUCCCGACUCCUCCCGAGUUCCCUCACGGCCUCCCCCAACAUACCCCCCCCUCCACCUCCCACAUCGGACGAAUCACCGCAACCUUGGACGAGCGCCCCUCCGGCGCCUCAUGCAGAUAAGAGGCGGAAAGCUGUUGGUUGUAUUCCUCCAUGCUCAAGAUUGCGUUCUCUCUUUCAUAUGA